AUGGUCCGCUCGUGCCGCCGCCAGCGGCCGUCGCCCGCUCGCCUCGACCACGCCCACGCCCACGCCAAAACCGGCCCGCGCAGCAAGCGCGCCGCGGAGCUUGGCGCCGCCGCCAAGGCCACGGCACCCCAGGAAUCGGAAACUCCCUUUGAAAAACCUCAAAAGACAGAAACGAAGGCGAAAGUAAAAGUUCAAGGGGUUGCUAAAAAAAAGGUUAGAACUAAAACAGACAAAAAUGAGACGGUCCAGUUGAACAAUUCUAGAGCAACUAAGAGUGAAACUGUGUCGAGGGAAACGGAAGAAGUUCCAUGUACAAAAGAGAUGAACGCGAAGAAACAUGAUGAAACAAAACUACAAACGGAAUUAAAAGCAAAACCGCCUGUAAAAACUACAUCUGAAAAUAAAAAGACAAUAAAUGCGACGGGCGAAUCAGCAAUAAAAAUUGAGACGGCGGAAGAUUCGAAAACCCCCAUUGGCAACUGCAAAGCGAAUGAUGAAGGUGCAACAUACGCAGCAAAAGCGAAAGUGUCGAAGGCGAAGGCGACUACCGAGACGCAGACGGAGGCGGAGGCGAAGGCGAAAGGGCGCGCGGACUCGAAGGAGGCGCUGCACCGCGGGGUGGGCCCUCGCGUGGCGGUCUCCCUCUGCGACGGCCGGGACUCCUGGCCCCUCAGGAUCUCGCAAUGGCACGUGUCGGGCCACGGUCAGAUCGUGCUUAGCUGCUCGCUCUCGCAGCACUCGCAGUUCGGCGCGACCCCGCGGCACUUCGAGUGCCUCCCAGGACUGAUAAUGCGAGGUCAAAUGCUUGCGCCAUCGGGGAUGUCACUAUCAACAUCCAGUCCAUCGACACCGACAUUAAUGUCGUCGAUAGCGUCAACUCCUUCACCGUAUUCGGCUCUGUCGCAUAUCCCCAUUCUGCCAUCAAUGUCUUCGCCAACACUAGCGCAACAAUUGCCAGGCGCCGCCUUCAUCCCGUUCGCCUCAAUCCCUACCGCAGUGGCGCUGCCAGUGCCGUUCCCAGCGAUGUCGACAGCAACAGCGCAAACCGCAGUCGCGCAGACAACGAAGGCACCACCGCCGACGUCACCAGUGAUGCAGACACCCGCUGCAACGCCCACAGAGACGCCCUCUGUCAAUCCGAUGCCCGCUCCGACGUCACACCUGACUGCACCACCGAUGCCUCAGACGGCAUCCAUGCCGACGCCCACCCCAGAUUCAAAAUUUAUAAAUACUGCCCCAUUGCCGUCGCCUUCCACUCCAAUCACUCCUAGCUACCAAGUCAAAGAUAUUCCACGCCGCUCCAAGAUAAGUGGACAAGAUGACUUAUUAGUUGCAAAAGACAAGAGUACACUUCCAGCAAAAACUCAUUUAACAGAUAGCAAUAUGAAGACUCGACAUGAGCUGAACAUUGUUACAUCUGAUAUUCGGGAGAAGAGGCAGGAUCAACGACCAAAUGAAUAUGUAAAAGAGUCACCCCUAAUUAUGUCCCACACAACACGCCGAGCUCAGAGAAAGUCGCAAUUUAGCCCAACGAGAAUUCAAAAGCACACUUCAGCAGUCAAAAGGUGCGCUCCGAACCUGUCAUUGGGUGGAAAGAGGCAUAUCAGCAUUGCUCCAGGCAUUGCCAAAUUACACCUUCGCAAGGGAUUGAACGUUGAUAAGCGGCGAGUUGUGCGCUCACUCACGGGCAUCACGCAACACUCCCGCUCUAAGCUGGGACCUCGCUCGCGACUCGCUCACAAACUUCAGCCUGAUGGCUCUUCAAAGCGCCGUAGUCAUAAACAUACGCCCGCAGACACGUCGGCGGUCCCUGAAAAGAAGACGCCGCCUGCUGUAUCAAAGAGGCGCGCAAGACGAGACGCUCGACGUCAAGAUGAGUCUCCAACAAAUGAACCUGUGGGGGCGAAGAAAACGCGCGAAGCUCGCAAAAAGAGAAUUUUGACGACAACAACGGCCACGUCUCCGAUACGAAAAUUGCGAAAGACAAGGCGGGCACAGGCAGUCCAUCAGCCUGCUGUGGACUCUGCAGAAAGCAUUCAAAGCUCUUGUCUUUCGAGCGGUUCAUCUCUGGCUCAGCCUGCAACCGGAUCGCGGAAGACAAACCAUGCUCAGCCCUCGCCCAGCAAGGCACCUCAAGUCAAAACGACAUCUGCUGUGACCAAAAUGUGUCGAAAGUCUGUCCAGAGCGAAGAAGAUCCCACCACAGAACGAACGCCAUCCACGCACAGAAGGCAGCAACUACAAAAGAUGUCACCAACAGAUUGCAGAAAGGUGCCAUGCAUUCCGGAAGCUGCAACUCUUCGGUCAAGGGAUGGCAGACGGGAGGAUGGCCCGAGACCGCCCCCGUCGGCCGCUCGAAGCGACCAGCGGCUUGCAACAGCCGGUUCCCCUCGCGACCGAUCGCCUCCCGUGCCCCUUCAGCGCCUCCCGAGCAGCGCGUCCCGGCCUCCCACGGGCACCCCGCGCCGCGGCCGCACGCCCGUCACAGCGGACUCGCGCGGCGCACAGAAGCUUGCUUCCGCUGAUCAGCGCCAGAGGUACGGGCCACCGUCAGCGAAGCGAGCGCGCCUCAACCGAACGCCGUCGGCAGCUUCGCGUCGCAGCCACAGGUCUCCUUCGGUCGACUCUCGGCGCUUGCGCGUCACCCCAACGCGUCGCUAUUCGACGUCCGCGCGACCUUCGGACAUCUCCGAGGAGACCUUCGCGCGAGACCAGCAGCAGCAGCAGCGCUUCCGAGAGCCCGAAGACCUGCGCUACGCGGACGAAAGACACGACACGCGGAGCAUUCCAGGCCAAAGUGCGGGGGGUAAAGAGGGUCGAGCCCUGUACGGCAGGUACGACGCGUCGCCGCCGCCCCCGCCGCCGUCGCCGGCACCGGCACCGCCGCUCCAUCGCCGAUUCGCCCCCGCGCUCAGGCAGUGGCCGCUCCUGCGGAGGAUGCGCACCGCGCUGCUGUCGCCUCUGUCCUGCGUCAAAGCCAAGAUCGCCCCGUCGUCCACCUACACGGCUGGGCCUCGCAAAGACCACAAGCUGCGC